CAAAAAGUCUAUGCACUUCUUUUUAAUCAUAUUCUUUCUAUAUCACUUGCAUGUAUUAUGAUCCAACCAAACUCGACAACAACAUCAAGACUAUUCAUUCUUGGGAUUUUCAUCAUAUUCCGUUGGUUGAAUGCUGCUUUGACGCGUACUUAUGAUAAUCCAGAUGAAUACUGGCAAGCAACUGAAGUGGCUCAUCGCAUAGUAUUUGGUUAUGGAUACUUGACUUGGGAAUGGACUCACUAUAUUCGAAGUUUCUUUCAUCCUUUGGUCUUUGCUUUUCUUUACAAAUGUUUACAAUGGUGUCAUUGUGAUACCCCUUCUUUAUUGGCAAGUUGCAACACCAAAAUACCUUCAAGCAACCUUAUCUGCAUUCGGUGAUAUGGCAACUUAUAGUCUAACCAAGAAAAUAUAUGGAAAUGAAAUGGCUCCUUUUAUACUCUCUAUUAUAUUGGGUUCCUGGUUUCAUUUUUUGAUGUCAGCAAGGACAUUAUCUAAUUCAAUGGAAACAGUAUUAACCAUCAUCGCAAUGAAAGAUUGGCCUUUUCCUAGUAUGGUGGACAUAAAUGGUUCUUCAUGGAUAGGGUAAAAUAGAAAAAUCAUGCUUUUACU